AUGGGGGUAAGUACUACUGAAAAUGCUGAGCUUGCUGCCUAUCAACUCAAGGAUGUGGCUCAGACAUGGUACAGUCAGUCGAUGGACAGUAGGGCUUUAGGAGGUGGUCUCGUGACUUUGGAGAUCUUCAAAAAGGCAUUUCUUGACAGAUUCUUCCCAAGGGAUCAAAGGGAAGAUAAGGUAGAGUUGUUCAUUAACUUUCGUCUAGGAGGUAUGAGUGUUAAAAGAUACUCCUUAAAGUUCAUUAAGCUGACCAUAUAUGCUUCUUCUUUGGUUUCCAAUGCUAGCCGUUAUGUAACGGGCAUGUCUGAAGAGAUUGAAGAAGAAUGUCGUGCAGCUAUGCUUCAUGACAAUAUGGAUAUUUCUAGGUUGACGGUUCAUUCAAAACAUGUACAGGAGAGUCGUCUAAGAAAGAGGUACAAAGAAGCUAGGAAGGCAAGGUCUUUUGAAAGUAGUUCUUUUAAGAGUAGACUUGACGUUCAAGACAAGCCUAAGUUCAAGGUUUUCAAACCAAGUCUCUUAAAAUUUCUCCAAGAAUUGCAAUGA